ACAUCUCCACACAUCUGCAGCAUCUCUGAGUGAUAAGGAAAGUGCUGAUGCCUGGCACUGAGGGUGUCUGGCGUCACCUCUGCCUUUCUGUUCACUUGCUUCCCCAGGCACAGAGGUGCUCACACCUCUGAAUCACCGAAAGAGAAUCCAGCCAGGCAGGUUCCACAGCUGCAAGAAGAUUUGUUUGCACAAAGAAUUUUCAUUUCCUGCCAAUACUGAAGGACUCUGAGCUUUUUGGCAAACAGCAAACUCUUUAAUUUCCUUUUAUGGAAAGAGUGCCAUAGGUCCAGUUUGUUCUUAGAUGUACCCUCUCCUCUCCUCCCCAGACUCCACCCCCACCCUCACCCAACCCCUCAUUGCUUUUCCCACAACUUCCAUUUUCUUAGAGUGAAACUCUAGCCAUCUCCUUAGUGGAUAGUUUUGGGUGUGGAGCCUGAAUUAUGGGUAUUGUAGUCCUUUUCCUUCCAGGGUUUCUGGUUGGGCAGCAUCAGUGUCACAGUGGUAGGGAUUCCAGUCCCAGGUAGCUCUGUCAGGAGCAGUGCAGGUGCUUUCUGAUCCCCGAGACAGGCAUGUGCCUGAGCUGAAGAGACUUGGACUCACUUCUGCAGAUGUGGCAAGAUGCUAAUCAGUGAAAGAGCCAACUGCUGGCCAAGAGGAAUUGCUCGAAGUAGAUCUGAAGGAAAUUUGGUUGACAUGGAAGCCUCAACACUCUCAAAAAAUCAUAAUAUUACAGCAUGCCAAAAGCUCGGCUUUCCUCACAAUUGGCCAGAUGCUUCUGUUCAUCAUGGCAAUAGUAAUGCAAAAGCUACAAAUCCAUUCUGGAAUGAGCUGUCUGCCUCGAACCCAUUUCUGGAUGACAUCACUCAGCUAAGAAAUAACCAAAAGAGAGAUAAUAUGUCCAUUUUGAAGGAGGAUCCUUUUCUUUUUUCAAGACAAAUAGAAAUAGGGAAUUCUUUUGAUUCUUCUGGUGAUGAACUUGACAUGGAUCACUUGCUUAGGCCAUCUUCCUCAAGGAAGUCAGGAAGAUCUAAGAGUGUUUCAGAACUCCUGAACAUCUUAGAUGAUACAACACAUACUCAUCAAAGUAUACAUAGCUCUGGCCAGAUCCUAAUACAAGACUUAGAAUGGCUUCAAAAUGACCGAGAAGCAUAUAAAAUGGCUUGGCUAAGUCAACGUCAGCUGGCCCGCUCUUGCCUGGAUCUGAAUAUAGUUAAUCAGAGUCCUGGGUGGGCUCAAACACAAAUUGCAGAGACUAUUGCAUUUUGUAAAUUAAACCAUCACGGAGGAUCAGUGCAGUUACCCAACUCAGAUAUCACUGUUCAUGUACCCCAAGGACACGUAGCUGUAGGAGAAUUCCAGGAGGUAUCUCUGAGAGCAUUUUUGGAUCCUCCACCAAAGCUGAACCAUGAUCUGUCCUGCACUGUAAGCCCUCUGUUGGAAAUCAGGUUAAGCAAUCUGAAGACCAUGGAAGCUAUUUUGCUGGAGAUGAAAAUUGGAGCAGAAGUGAAAAUAGAUCCUCUGAGCCAAGUCAUGACAGAAAUGGUGUGUUUACACAGCCUGGACAGAGAAGGCCCUUUCCAAGCACUAAACAACUGCUAUUUCUACAAAGACACAAUUCAAGCAAAGAUUCUUGAUCUGAGCCCUGUAAUGUACAUAGUCAUAGCUGUGCAAGCUAAGGCCAUUCAGCCACCAGCUGCUACUAUUUGGGAUUAUAUUCAUAAAACCACCUCCAUUGGAAUUUAUGGACCCAAAUAUAUCCACCCAAGUUUUACUGCUGUUUUCACAGUUUGUGGACACAACUAUGUGCCAGGAAAGUUUACAGUCUCUGACAUUAGGAAGGGUGGAAAAAACGUAGCUCCGGUAGUAUUUCAUCUCUGGGGGAAACAUUCAUUUUUACUUGACAAGCCACAAGAUUUAAUUAUUUCAGCUUUUUCAUGUGAUCCUGAUUUUGAAGUAAAGGUAGAGAGAGAAAGGAAAAUAAUUGCACAAAGGCAAUUGGAAGCAGGUGCAGUAGUUCAUCAACAAAUGUCCUUUUCUUCAGUUGAACACAGAGAGAUGCACUUGUUUGUUUUCAGGGUUCAUGUGGGGUCUCCCAGGGGAAAACCAGUCACACAAUUUUUUGUCACUUCACCUGAUCCAGCCCCAAACCUAAAAAGGCUCUCACAUCUUCAGAGCUAUUUCCAGAAGGAGAGAGAAGGCAAGAGAGUGCCUUUGUUAUCAGCGGGCCUUGUUAAGUACCCCACUUUCCAAGAUAAAAAUAUGAACUUUACCAAUUAUGGGGUCACACUGAAGACGGUCCUGAGGCAAAGUAGGAUUGACUACUUGCUUGAUUAUUUAAAGGGGGAUACAAUCGCCCUUCUUGGAGAAGGCACAGUAAGAGCCAUUGGACAAUCCAAAGUGAAAGAAUGGUAUGUAGGAGUCCUCCGAGGUAAAGUCGGACUUGUGCAUUGCAAAAAUGUCAAAGUGAUUUCCAAAGAACAAGUGAUGUCUCUGUCUGAUGGCAUUUUGACAACCAAGAAUCUUUUGGAGCAAAUUGCCUUGCCAUUUAAAAAUCUGACUUAUAUAUACUCUGUUGUAUUGACCCUGGUAUCAGAAAACAUUCAUGACUGGAAAGUUUUAGCUAAUGUCCUGGGCUACUCACAUCUGGCACAGGAAGAUUUUGAUCAAAUUCAAGCAGACAAGGAACCAGAAAGGGUUUCUUACAUUGUCAAGAAGUUAAAGGAAGAUUGCCACGAAGACAGAAGUACCAGAAAGUUUCUUUAUGAACUGAUUGUGGCUCUGCUAAAGAUGGAUUGCCAAGCAUUAGUGGCGCGUCUUAUCCAAGAGGCUAUUAUACUGACCUCAGCUGUUAAGCUUGGAAGAAGCUGGAGGGAACUUGCUGAGAAGUCGGCAGGACUCACUAAGCAUCAGAUGCAGGCAUAUGAAAUUCCCUACCGAGGAAAAUCUGGAGAUGUUUCAGCUGAGACAAUAUGGAAACCUGCCUAUGAUUUUCUGUAUGCAUGGAGCGCUCACUAUGGAAAUAGCUAUAGAGAUGUGUUACAAGACCUUCAAUCAGCUUUGGACAGAAUGAAAAACCCUGUCACCAAACAGUGGAGAGACUUAACUGGAACUUUAAUAUUAGUAAAUUCUUUAGAGGUUUUAAGAGUAACUGCUUUCACUACUUCUCAAGAAAUAUAGAAUGAAGCAUGUUUGCGGAGCAAGGAAAAUGGCAACAAAGACCAAGAAGACAGAAAGCUUGCUAGCCCAUCCAUGUAGUAAGAUUAAAAACAACAACAUGUGUGACAGUUGUGUAGCUUGGUCUUCUUGUGGGACUCCUGACCAUGGGAGCAG